AUGAACCGCAGUACAAACCAGUAUAUCGAGCGAGGAAUCCAAGAACUCCAACAACCAGACUACUACUGGCCAUCUAUAGACAAGUACCCCUGGCAUUCACACCAAAAGCGGUUCCCUAAAGCAGAGGAUAUCGGGAUUAGCCUUUUCUCGGAAUUCGCGCGACGCGAGAGCAAGGUGCGUACUCUGUUCGAAACUUUGCAUCCACUCCCAUUACAUGGAGUCAAUUGUCUUGUCUGGAAAACGACAAGAUGUGGAGCCCCUGCUCCCAAGCCCACCGAUGACAGUAAAGGUCUCACAGAGGAAUUCAAAGGUGAAGGCACGGAUGGCACGACUGGUGCGGAAAGAAGGUACCGAAUCAUCAAGGUCAACGAAAAUUAUUAUUUAAUGGACGCAGCCAUCAGGAACAAUGUUUGUUAUGUCAUCAAACGCAUAGAGUUCAAGCUGAGACCCUUCAAAGCAAAGGUCAUCGCCGAUAUGUACAUGGACGGAGCUACAGAGACAGGUAGCAACAACGUGACUACAGCCUCAUUGUUGCGACAAAAUGUCAGCCCGCUGGGAUCAAUCAGGGGCGAAUGGCGGUGGUCACCUCCGUAUAAACUGAGGCACCCGUGGUCCCAGAACACGCCGCCAUUGCAGGCGCUGUGCGUCCAAGAUACUCAUCUGUAUCGAUCAGACUUCAGGGAAUACAUCAACAAAAUACAAACAAGCGGGGAUACCAUGGAGUCAUAA